GAUCGGGUCUAGCCCGCGCCAGACCCGACCCCCGCGCUCUGCGGCCCGAGCCGCCGCCCGCUAUGCCACUUGUGGAGUUCUGUCCUGAGCGGCUGUAACUUUAAACCAGUGUGAGCAGGGCCUAUUUUUAUUCAGAAACUAGCGAUUAGGGUGUCUGUGGAGAACGCCCCCUCAGACCGACGUCCAGCCCGCCACUUGAAGGCUUCUCACAGAUCAGAGGGGAAGGAAAUGCUAUCUCAUUAACUUUUCUCUGAGAUUUCAAAGUUCGAUUGCCGACUUCCAGGGAGGACCAGAUUGGUUGCUGUGGGGCUUUGUAGUGAGCUUGUUGCCCGAGCUGGAGGAGUGGUACCUGAGCCCCUCGGGGUGGCUUCUGAGUGGUCAUCCUGAAAGCCCCGAGCUUGGGCCAGGCCUGACUGUGGCCUAGCGCUCGUCUUGCAGGGGUUGCCCCAAGAGCUCCUGGGGACAGACCCACGGUAGUAAGGAGCAAGGGAGAUGAACGUAGCUGCCAAGUACCGCAUGGCCUCCCUCUAUGUGGGUGACCUACACGCAGAUGUCACCGAGGACCUGCUGUUCAAGAAGUUCAGCGCCGUGGGGCCCGUGCUGUCCAUUCGCAUCUGCAGGGACCUGGUCACUCGACGCUCUCUGGGCUACGCCUACGUGAACUUCCUGCAACUGGCUGAUGCCCAGAAGGCUCUGGACACUAUGAACUUUGACAUGGUAAAAGGCAAAUCCAUCCGUCUUAUGUGGUCUCAACGUGAUGCCUACUUAAGGAGGUCUGGAAUUGGGAAUGUAUUCAUCAAGAAUUUGGACAAAUCCAUAGAUAACAAAACCCUUUAUGAACAUUUUUCACCUUUUGGAAAGAUCCUGUCUUCCAAGGUGAUGAGUGAUGAUCAAGGCUCCAAGGGCUAUGCGUUUGUGCACUUUCAGAACCAGAGUGCUGCAGACAGGGCCAUCGAGGUAAUGAAUGGAAGGCAGCUCAAGGACUGUAAGGUGUUUGUUGGCAGAUUCAAAAACCGAAAAGAUCGGGAAGCAGAACUCAGAAACAAAGCCAGUGAAUUCACCAAUGUUUACAUCAAAAACUUUGGUGAAGAUAUGGAUGAUGAGAAACUGAAGGAGGUUUUCAGCAAAUAUGGCAGAACUUUGAGUGUGAAGGUGAUGACAGAUUCUUCUGGGAAAUCGAAAGGCUUUGGCUUUGUGAGUUUUGAUAACCAUGAGGCUGCCAAAAAGGCCGUUAAAGAAAUGAAUGGAAAGGAUAUAAAUGGGCAGCUGAUUUUUGUAGGCCGGGCACAAAAGAAAGUAGAGCGACAGGCAGAGUUAAAGCAAAUGUUUGAACAGUUGAAAAAGGAAAGAAUUCACGGGUGCCAGGGUGUAAAGCUCUAUAUUAAAAACCUUGAUGACACCAUUGAUGAUGAAAAACUACGAAAGGAGUUUUCUUCAUUUGGAUCAAUUAGCAGAGUUAAGGUAAUGCAAGAAGGAGGUCAAAGCAAAGGGUUUGGCUUGAUCUGCUUUUCCUCUCUUGAGGAGGCUACUAAAGCCAUGACUGAGAUGAAUGGCCACAUCUUGGGCUCCAAACCUCUCAGUAUUGCCCUAGCCCAGAGGCAUUAGGAAAGGAAAAUUUACUUCACCAGCCAGUAUUUACAGUAUGUAGGGCAAUGAUUGUGAUCUCUGCCUGAACUGUCCCUAAGUA